AUCCGCUCACCAUUUUGUUUGCAACGUGAAAACUAGAGGGAAAAAACGCUGUCGCUUACUUUAACUAAACUAAAAAGGGUUUAAAACUGACUGGAAUCGCUUCAAAACACUGCAGCUAUAGAGAAUAACGGGUAAGAAGAUGGACAACAUAGAGCGAUUGUACAAAUGCUACGAAAUUCUGUCCGAGGCGGGCGAUAAAAUAUCCGAGCAUGUGGAUGAAUAUAAAGAGAUACUUAAGGCCGUGAAGGGCUCAUCGAAGGAGAAGCGCCUGGCAUCGCAGUUCAUCGGGAACUUCUUCAAACAUUUUCCGGAUUUGGCCGACACAGCCAUCGAUGCACAGUUCGAUUUGUGCGAAGAUGACGACACACAGAUCCGCCGACAGGCCAUCAAGGAUCUGCCGAAACUCUGUCAGGGAAACGCUGACGCCACCAUUCGAGUGGGCGACACUCUGGCCCAGCUGCUGAUCCUCGACGAUGCCACCGAGCUACAGCAGGUCAACAACUCGCUCCUGGCUGUCAUUAAGCUGGACACCAAGAGCGCCGUCACCGGAUUGUUCCAACAGAUCACCACCGGGGAUGAGACGACAAGGGAGCGAUGCCUCAAGUUCAUCGCCACCAAGCUGCUGACCAUGGGCCCAGCUGUUAUAACCAAGGAAAUAGAGGACUACAUUGUGGAGGAGAUCAAGAAGGCCCUGCAGGACGUUACUGCUGACGAGUUCCAUCUAUGCAUGACCAUUCUGGGAGCCACCAAGCUGGGCAGCACCAUCACCGGACACGCCGAGCUCGUCAAGCUGGCCACGGAACAGGCGGAGCUCAAUAGCACAGACACGGACAUCAUUGCCGUCGACGAUGAGGUCGUGGAGCGAUUUAUACAGUGUGCCAGUGCAGCGUCGCCCUACUUUUCGAAAACCAUAAAAUCAACGGCCUUUGUGGCUCACGUUUGCGAUAAACUGCUGCCCAUCAAGACCUGGAACAUGAUCGCCACUGCAGUGUCGCAAGAUCAAAUUCAACUCAGAUUACUGAAGGUAUUCGCCGAGAUGAUAACCAACACAGACAAGCUGGAGAAUGCCAGCGAACGCAUUAAUGCAGUCUACCAUGUAUUACUGGAAUACAUGCCAUUGCCCAAGCUGAGCGACGAGGAUCUGGGGGAUACCCCGCCCUCGUUUCAGUUCUCGCACGCCGAGUGCUUACUGUACGCUCUGCACACGCUGGGCAAGAACCAUCCAAAUAGUUUAAGUUUCGUCGAGGACGCCGAAAAGUUGAAAGACUUUCGGGCUAGAUUGCAAUAUCUAGCCAGGGGAACACAGGGUUAUAUUAAGAAGCUGGAAGAGGCGCUGAAGGGAAAGACUGGGGAGGAGCUAAAGACGGAGGAGAACCAAUUGAAGCAAACUGCACUGAAGACUACAUCAAAUAUCAACGUGUUGAUACGGGAUCUAUUCCAUUCGCCGCCCAUAUUUAAACAUGAUAUUGUCCUCUCCUGGAUUGUGCCAAAAAAUACCAAGCUUGGCAAGCGCCAUGCUCCCAUCACUUUUGGGGAAAAAGCAGCUGCCAACGGCAAGGAAAAGGAUCAGGAGCCAGAGAAGAAGCCGCGGCCAUCCAACGACCAGAAGUUCUACUCGCCGCCAUCUGGAAAAUACUCAAACAAGGUUAACCAAAACUAUGGCAACAACAACAGGACGAGACAACGCGGAGGCGGCGGCGGCGGUGGAGGAGGAAACUACAGAAAUCGGCGCUUCAAUAAGUACUAAGUAAACAAAGUAGAGAAGCAGAAAAGGAGCAGCGAGUACUUCACUUGAAUGGUUUGUCCCUAGUCCGUAAAAUUAAAAAAAACUACCACAGAUUGGAUUCGUGCAGAAUAAACAGAACUUAAAUGAUGAUGCAACGGAAACAAGAGAAUCUAAUUAUCCCAGAGAUUUACGGUGAGUAUGACAUUUAAUUUCCCAUUAACUUUCUCCCUUCCGUCUCUUUUCAGCGCAAUUAUAUUCUCUUGGAAAGUAAAUGCAACAUUACAACAAUCAUUUUUCUCAUACACUCACGCAUUGCUUUUAUUAUAUUCGUGA